AUGAGCCAGAACAUACCUGACCCUGUUGGUAUCUCCGCAGACCUGCUUGUUGGUCAAAAAGUUUAUGCUAUUGGGAACCCUUUUGGACUUGAUCAUACUCUUACAACUGGUGUUAUCAGAGAAAUCAGUUCUGCUGCUACUGGCCGACCCAUUCAGGAUGUUAUACAGACCGAUGCUGCCAUUAAUCCUGGUAAUAGUGGAGGGCCACUGUUAGAUAGUGCAGGAAACCUUAUCGGGAUAAAUACAGCUAUAUAUUCUCCGUCUGGUGCGUCCUCUGGUGUUGGAUUUUCGAUCCCUGUCGACACUGUAGGUGGCAUUGUUGACCAGUUAGUGAGAUUUGGGAAGGUCACAAGACCAAUUUUAGGGAUUAAGUUUGCUCCUGAUCAGUCUGCACAGCAAUUAGGGGUAAGUGGGGUGCUUGUCUUAGAUGCUUCUGCUAAUGGUCCAGCUGGUAAAGCGGGCCUGCUACCAACUAAACGUGAUGCCUAUGGUAGGCUCAUUUUGGGUGACAUCAUAACAUCUGUGAAUGGCAGAAAGGUCACCAAUGGCAGUGAUUUGUACAGAAUUCUUGAACAAUGUAAAGUGGGUGAUACGGUGACUGUGGAGGUGUUGCGCAGCGAUCACAAGGAGAAGAUUGCUGUAAUGCUUGAACCGAAGCCUGAUGAGUCAUGAUACACCUAGUGGUCCGGCAUGUAUAUUUUAGGUACAUAUAUAUUUAUAUAUUUAAGCACAGUAGAUAUACCUUGUUUUUGUGGCCUAUUUCUUCUGGAAUCUUUCCCACAAAAUUGUUAAGUGCCAAGGAUAGCUCUUGGAGAGAAGAAAUAUUUCCCAAGGAAGGUGAGAUGCGUCCUGUCAAAUUGUUUUCUCCAAUCUGAAGCAUCUCAAGCUUCUUCAAAAAGCCAAGCUCAACAGGAAUGUUCCCAGUAAGUUUAUUCCUUGUGAAGUCCAUCACUCUGAGGUCAGGACAGUUGGUGAAGUUGCUCGGGAUCUCCCCUGUCAACGAGUUAUUGCUAAGAAGGAGAUUCUGCAGUCUGAACAAAUGAGUAACUUGUGGAAUUUUGCCGUAUAUGAAGUUGUCGUGGAGAUCAAACAACCUAAGAAAGCUGAGGUUGCCAAUGAAAGGUGGUAUGGAUCCACGCAAAGCAUAGCCUUGUAGGUCCAAAGCUGUAACUAUUUGAUGCUGACGGCUACAUGAAAUCCCCUGCCAUCUGCAGAAGUUGAUAGAAUCAUUCCAGGAGCUCAAGAUGUUAUGCGGGUCGUCUGCUAUUAAUUCUCUGAAUCUGAACAAAGCCAGACGAUCUGUCUCAUUUAUUGGAGCGGCAGCAAUAGUACAUUAUGAGAAGCAGAGAAAGUUGAAGGAGGUGAAAUAUUGGAACAAGGCAGAGCAAGAUGCAGAACAUUAUGAGAGUUCUUGUCAACUUCAUCCAUCUAAUAUAUAUCCAGCUACCAUUACCAAGAGCCACUAUUGGAGACCAGUAUGGCAUGAAACGACAUAAUAGUAUGGAAAUCAUUGGCUGAGAAUUGAAAUAAGUGUUUCUAUUCAAUUCUAAUAAGCUUGUUGCGGCUGCAUAUCUUUUUAAGGUACAUUUGACUUGAAGGAGGUGAGUAGGAGACAAAAUGGUGGUCGAGAGGAUGCCUUUCAAAGCAAUUGUCUUUGAGUUUCAACUUGAGUUAGCAUUAAUUAACAAAAUAAACAAAAUGUGGAAUUGUUGACUUUUGCUUUCAAUAUAAAUCUGUUCAACCA